AAACAUUUCUGAAAUUUCUGAGUUGCUCCUCUGUACUGCAUGACCUUCAUCUGAUCUUCAAAAUGUGAUUGUCUCAGGUGCCACCACCUGUCAAAAUGCUAUUGGGUACGAAACGUAACUCGAAGACUUAACAUUUGUGCAGUUUCAAUGGUUAGAGGAGUGAACGAUUGACCGAGUCCAGCGUGAAGAAACAGUUUUGCAGAUUUCUGAUUGUGAAUUGGAUGUCCCCGGAGACACAGACUUGAUUCUGCAAUUGUCUUGAGGAGGGAUUGUGAAACGGAACAUGUGUUUUGUGGUGUAAAUCCAUAUUUGUCCAAGCUUUUGCUCGCACAGAGCACCGAGAAUGUGAUCAACGAUUUCGACAUUGGGUGCACGCCCAAUGUGAAUUCGACAAUGUGAAUUCAGACUUUGCAUUUGGACAAAAGUCUUCUGUUGCAACAUUUGAAGAUGAACGUGUGAAAGCUUCAGCCGGAAGACGGAGAACGAGACUGAGACUGAGACGAAAGUUUUCUACGCUCGAGACAGCGUGAGAUGGAGACGUUUCUGAGCAGGUCGCUGGUUCUCGGAGGUGGAUGGGCCAGGUCUGGUGCAUUCAUGAGGACGAGCUGCGUCGCGACCAGACGAUUUUCUAGAGAGAAUUCCGUGUUUCGUUGCUCCGGUCUCUCCUGUUCUGCCUUUUCCCGUCGGGGCUCCGGUGCAAACACUCGACUUCCGAGUGGCGUACGGUCGCAAAAUUCGCUGAGUCUCAUCUUUGGAUCAGGAACUGCUUCACAAGGAUUCUUCUCGGAAAGCCGGCAUAUUCAGACCAGGUUGUGUUUCACGAGCACCGGACUGAAAUCUAGGAGCGAAAUCAGAUGUCAAAUAGACGACAAGGAGGAUCCUGUGGUGUCCACGGAGUGGCUGGCCGAACGCCUAUCCGAUGUUUGCAUACUUGAUGUACGUGGUCACGUUGACUCCUAUCUUGUAGAAGAAGGAGUUGAGAAGUCAGAAUACAAAGCAGACUAUGAUGAAUAUCUCGAAGGGCACAUCCCUGGUGCAGUGUUUUUCAGCUGGGUUAAAGAUGGUCUAGAUCCACAAGCUUCAAGUCGUCUACAGCUAAUGGAGGACGUAAAUGACUUUGCCCCUGUGAUGGAAGCGAAGGGAGUGUCAACAGAGAAACCUGUGGUCAUUUAUGACAGAGGAGAUGGACUCUUGGCUCCAAGGAUCUGGUGGGCUCUUGUUCUGCAUGGUCACCCUUGCGUGCGGAUUCUCAACGGUGGCCUUAAGAAGUGGGUGGAUGAAGAACGGCCUCUCGAGUUGUACGAACCCUGUACCUUGAAGGUGUAUGCUGAUUAUACGCCGAAGAAGCUCUAUCCAUCACUUGUGGCAUCGUGGGAGGAUGUUUUAUCCUCCGUGUCAGGAAUGAAUGCGGAGAAAGAGUCUCCGGAAGAAAAGACAGCCAUUGUGGAUGCUCGAGAUAAUGCACAGUACCAAGGACAUAUUAGACGAUCGAAGCUUGGAGGAAGAAUACCAGGGGCCAUUAACAUUCCACGUCGUAGUUUGGUCCGGCCAGAUGGUACUUUUGAACCGGUCGAUGUGCAACGCCAAGUCUUGAAAGAAGCUGGUUUAGAUCCAGAAAUUCCUACCAAACUGAUUGCUUAUUGCAAUGGAGGAGUCGCUUCAUGCACAGUGCUGCUUGCGUGGCAUCGGGUCUCAGGUAAAGGUACAUGGGCAAACUAUGAUGGAAGUUGGAACGAAUGGGGCAACCGUGAUGAUCUUCCCGUCGAUAUGUAAUUCCUUUUUCUUGUUUCAAAUGCACUCAGGACACUUUCUAACAACAAAACCAGACAUUCAGAACCGCCAUGGUAGGAGUACUUAAGCAAAAUCGUCCCUUCACGUGAACAGAGAGGACUGCCAGUUUUGAAGUAGAGUACAGAUUUCAGCUCGCCCAGUUCACGGAAAUAGUCAGAAAGCAAGAGUCCACUCUGGUGAAGGAUAAACACAUUGUACUUUGCUCUGAGAGCUCCGAGAUUUUUUUGAAGUCAUUAUGACAACCGAGCGCAUCAGACUCUCUGUAACUGCUUCUAUUUCUAAAGUGAAGGACAUGCUAGCGAGUAAGGU